AAAGGUGCGUUCGGGUGUGGGGGGAAAACACCAACGUCACUGUUUCCAAACAUUUAGUUGGAAUGUUGUCUCAGUUCAUUCGACUAUCACCUUCACUUGAUCCUAAAGUUUAGAAAAUAUUUUUGUGUGUUGCGUAUCAUAAUCGUGUUACUGCCGAGAUCUCGCCAAGUUGUCAGAAAAACGAACCUUCCGUGAACGCCUGAAGCACUGUUACGGAAGCACGUUACGACACGAAUCUUCACCGACACCGGCCGCCCGACAUCACUUCUCGUCGUCUUUAUCCGAGGGUGAAGUGUGACCACAUCGGGACUGAGGUCAUGGCAUUGAAACUGGUCCAGAGACUCCCAGGAGGGAUUCUCACCGGUUCCAUCUUCCCGGCGGCCCGCCUGGUGUGUGCAGCCUGCAUGUGCGCAUCGGCAAGGCGCUGCAUCCUCACAGGCGGCUGCCGCCGGCUGCGGCUGUCCCGGGGCACCAGUAGCCUGACCGCCAUCGUCCGGGAGCCGUUCUUUGCGGGGUCGCACAGGGACAUGGCACCCCAGUUCCGUCUCACCCAGCGGCAUGGACCUGCUGACGCCGAUCAAGAGGAGAGCGACUUCCGCAGGCGUUUGAACUCCUGCUCGUCUUCGGCCAAGGUUUUCAAGCUGCUGCGCUCCUCUGUGGUGCUAUCGGAGGGCGGGGCCGCCGCCGCCCUCCACCGCGUGGCUGACCUGGAGCGGGAGGAGGGCGAGAGGCCCUGCCUGCGGGACCCCUCGGUGCUGGAGGACGACGCUGUCCGAGCCCUGUGCCUGCAGCUUGAGCGCGACUCGCGCCUUUUGUCCGAUUCCGCUCUGUUGUCUGCGCUUUUGGCGUGCACGCGUCUCUACAUCGACCCCUGGAGCAGCCUGAUGGUGCGUCUGUUGUCGGAGAGCCAAGAGAGGCUGGACGGCGGCGAUCUGAGCGUGGCUCAGCUAUGCGCCCUGGGCCGGGCCACGUUGGCCGUGGAGGGCCCCGGGGGCGCCAUGCUGGCCGAAGUAAUGGCGCAAAUCCAGAAAGCGGGACCCUCGUGUUGGAGCUUAGAUGAACUCGUGGCCGUUUACCAACUCCUGCGAGACGGUGCAGCCGUCGAUGGGAAAUACCGCGACCUCCUGAACGCCAUGCAUUCCCACGCCGUGACGGUGACCCCCUCCAUGGACGAGGCGGCCGUCAGCGGGCUGCUGGGGACUCUGGUGGACCUGGACCAAAGCCAGGCCACGCCGCUUGUAAUCCAGCUGUGCAAACAGGCCGCGCGCCACGUGCCCCGCUUCUCCGACGAGCAACUUGCCGCCGUCCUCGCCGCUCUCAUGCACUUCGGCCACAGCGACCGCUACCUCGUGGAAGCGCUGGAGCGCCGAGUGUCCGCCACGGCCUUCACGUGCCACCCGGAGACGCUCACAAAGGCCGUGCAGUUCUUUGGGCGCAGAAACAUCCUGUCGCCGGCCGUGCUGGACGUCGUGGCCGAGAGCUUCGUGUACCGAGCGGACGGCUACGGCACGGGGCAGGUGGCGCGGCAAAUGGCGCCGUUCGGAAAGCUGGCCUACCUGCCGCCCAACGCCGGCGAGCUCUUCCGGAAAGUGGAGGGUGUCCUACGCACACGUUUCUCGCAGUUCCAGCCUCGAACACUGCUGGGCCUGCUGCACUCGUGCAUCCUGGUGGAGAGGUUCCCCGUCAACUUUGUCUCCAAGGUGUUCAGCAGCUUCUUCCUCCAGCAGCUGCAAGAGGAAGGGAACGGGAUGGACCGUUUUGUCCUGGCGCAGCUAACUCAACUCUACAUGACGGUCAAAUUGGAGUGUCCCUUCUAUGAGGGUCCCCGGCUGCUCCCCAAGUACCGCGUCAAGUCCUUUCUGAUGCCGGGACGCUCCCUGGAGACGGCGGUGGAGCCGCAACUGUACAACUCGGUCAAGUCGGGCCUGGUGGAGCUGCUUGGCGCUCGCUCCUACUUUGCCUCUAAAGUCUUGACUCCUUACUGCUACACGCUGGAUGUGGAGAUCAAGCUGGAUGAGGAAGGAUACGUGCUGCCUGCGAGCCAUCAGGACGUCUUCAAAAGGAUCGCGCUAUGCAUCGACGGCCAGCGGAGGUUCAGCACCAACAGCCGACGGCUCCUCGGCAGCGAGAGCAUCAAACAGCGUCACCUCAGGCUGCUGGGAUACCAAGUGGUUCAGAUCCCCUUCUAUGAAUUUGAGCAACUGCGCAGCAAGGCCAGCGUCAGCAAUUACCUCCAUCAGAAAAUCUUUCCCCAUAGCUACAGACUCAGCUGGUGAUGAUGAUGUGGUUGGGGG